UUCAUAUAGCGAUGACGUAGCCAUGCACAACCGGUCAGUAUGGUAUUUCCUUUUAGCUAGCUAUUUGAAAACAUAAUCUGAAAGGACAAAGUUUCGUGUGUAGCUCGAUCUGGCUAUGAUCGCAAAUGGAAAUUGAACGGUCUGAAUGGACAGCGGUUCUAUGUAGCUAGUGGCUAAUAUAGCUAGCAUAGUCUAGUGUGUGUUCAUGUUGCUCUCGCCUGUAUUCUGUCCAGUAGAUUCCCACCGCUCUCUCGUCACUACAGGAUGCUCAAGCUCUUCGGAGCGCUAGUUCUUUUCGGACUAGCGCUGGCGUGCUUAGCUUCCUGGGUGCUAGAGAGCUAUGACACCUCUUGGCAUCCCAAACGGAGUGUUCGGCAGUUCAACGCCGGGGAUGGAGAGAAGGCUAGUAGGACCAGUCUUCCUCCGUAUCCCGGCGGCGAAUUGGAUAACAUAUUCUGGUUCGUGCAGGUGUCUGACAUUCAUAUCAGUCGAUUCCAUGACAAAAAACGUAUUCCAGACUUCGAGAAGUUCUGCACUGAUACCAUUGAAGUGAUCCAACCUGCUCUUGUGCUCGCAACAGGAGACCUGACGGAUGCGAAGACGGAGAGCAAGGUGGGAUCCCUGCAGCAUGAGGUGGAGUGGCAGGCCUAUCACAACAUCCUGAAGAGGUCCCGGGUUCUGGAACGCACCAAAUGGAUUGACAUCCGUGGAAACCAUGAUGCCUUCAAUAUCAUUUCAUUGGAUAGUGUCAACAACUACUACAGGAAGUACUCAGCCAAUCAGAAAGUUGGCUCCUUCCACUAUGUCCACAAGACUCCCUUCGGCAACUACUCCUUCAUCUGUGCUGAUGCAACCAUCACCCCUGGACCCAAGCGGCCGUACAACUUCUUUGGCAUUCUCAACCAGACUCAGAUGGACCUGUUGGCGUCCUUCAGGACUGAGAGCCACAGCAGCAACCAGACCAUCUGGUUUGGCCAUUACACCACUUCAACGGUCAUCUCCCCCGCUCCAGGGGUGAGAGGGGUGAUGAGCUCGGCUGUAGCGUACCUGUGUGGUCACCUUCACACUCUGGGUGGCCUGAUGCCUGUACUACACAGCAGACACCCCGAGGGCACCCUGGAACUGGAGCUAGGCGACUGGAUGGACAAUCGCAGGUACAGAGUGCUGGCAUUUGACCACGACCUGCUGAGUUUCAUGGACCUGAAGUUUCAGCAGUGGCCUGCAGUACUCAUCACCAACCCCAAGGAGGCGCAGUACCUCCAUCCGGGAGUGGAGCCGCUGGGGAGGAUACAGAGCUCUACCCACAUCAGGAUCCUGGCCUUCUCUGAUGCCCCGGUCACAGCAGUUCAUGUCAGUGUGGACGGGGUGGAGAUGGGUAAAGGCCGGUCUACUGGAGGUCCUCUGUAUGUGGUGCCAUGGGAACCCUCUCUCUACCUUACUGGGCUGCACACUGUCACUGUCAAAGUGGAGGACGCGGUGGGGCGGUCGACGGUUCGAGAACAGCUCUUCACCCUCGAAGAGGACCUCUCCCCCAGCUUUGGUUUCUUCCAGUCCUUCAUCCUGCUCACUGACCACUACAUCCUGGCCCGGGUAGCCUUUGUCACAGGGAUGCUGCUGAAUAUUGGAGUGCUGGUGGCGUUCAGGUUCAUGCCUCUGCCCUCUGUCAGAGCGUCUUCAAGUCUUUCCUCUUGCGCCUGUCUAUCCCUGCACCUGGUCAGUAAAGCCGACACUUUCUACUACUCUCUACUGCUCUUCAACCUCUGCACUGCCUUAGGUCCCUGGUUCAUAGGAGAGUUGAUUGAUGGUCACAGUGGAGCUUGCUUUGCCUUCGGAGUGGUUAUCGACGGACAUUUCCUCGAGGGAAGUCUCACUUAUGUUGUUGGGGUUGUGCAGCUGCUCUUCUUCAACAUGCCUCUCACCUGUUACCUGUGCUGGAGCCUUCACCUGCGUAGUCGUGGUAACUCCUUCCGCUCACACUUCUUCCGUCCGGGCUUUCUGUGGAAGACUCUGGGAGUGCAUACGGCCAUGUUGCUGCUGCUGGCCUGGCAGGGAUACUCCUGUUACUUCCUGCUGGAGACGUAUGGAUCUCUGGCCUUCUUCCUGUCCCCGGUCCGCACGUGGGCAGUAGGGAUCGCCCUGCUAUUGGUCUACCGCGCCUGGAAGGGCCCCGCCCCCUGUCUCCGUGACGACAGCAAGACAACCACAGCCUCUUGACAGUUGCACUUAUUUUCUUGACUUUCUACUGGGGGAUUCUCUUAGUGCCAAUGUAUUUAGUUUGCCAUAUCUGUCCACUCUUCUAUACCAUAUUUCAGACUACUCUUUUGUGCAAAGUUCUUUCUCGCUCUCUCCCUUCAAAUCUACUUUCACUCGUGAUCCUAUUUCUGUAUUCCACUUUCCUAAUUUUUAAACAUUUUUAAGAGUAGAGUUGUUUCAUUUGCAUGUUAGUGUAUUGCAUGUGUAGACCACACCCCUAGACACAGUCAGCACUCUGAAGGUCUUCUUGGUACAGUGAAGUCACUAGUUCAGUAUAUAUUGUGCAUAGAAUUGAUUGUUCAGCCAAUAUGACUGCUGUUCCUCAGUAAAAGAAGGCUGAUGUAGACAAUAUGAUGAAGUGUCUAUCGCCACUGUAUUCUGCUGUGGUAAAAUGUAUGUAUUAGUUGACCACUUGAGACUUGAUUUGUAGCAGUUAUUGAAAUUGUUGCCUAGGCCAACUGCCACACACAUCACCACUGUCAAAGGAUACAUACAAACAGUCCUGCUCUGGCAGUUUUUGUAUUUGGUUAUGGCAAACUAGCUAUAUAUUUUACACGGGUAUAGCAGACCAAUCACCUGACUGAGGUAUUUUACAUUUUUAUUUUGAGCUCUUUGAAAAUCUUCUGGCUUAAGAUAUCAGCUGUUUCUCAGGAAUGGGAGGACUUGAACAAAAAGCUGUGUCCUUUGGUCAGUCAGAAACAGACUAUAUGAUUUUUCAUAUAUUCCAUAUUAGCUCAGUGGUGAAUCCAACCACUCAAAGCAUGUUAAACAAUCAAUAUUUUUUGUGGUGAUCAAAAUGAUGAAUGUUAAAUAAUAGCAAGGGUGAAAUGACCUGAGAUUUUAUUAUGCUGGUUUAAUUUAUUUUGUAUUGUGAUUAUUUCCUUGCACUGAUUUCCUGCAAUGGUGAUGGUUAUUCUCUAUUGAGAAGUUGAUUUGGUCAGCUUUUUGUUGUCUUCUGUCUAGAAUGCAGAUAUUAUUUUUGGGAGAGUUUCAGACCAGCACUGGGUGCUCGACUUAGACUGAAAUUGGUGCCGGUACUGUUCAAAUGUAGGUGCAGGAGCUCCACAGUACUUUUUAGCUAAUAUUCUAUAAGAGAAACAGGCGCUCAAGCAGUAGGAAUGUUAAGGUGCCAGUACUCAGCUCCGGUGAGCUCCUGCCCAAGUCAAGCACUAAUCUGGAAUAUAUCAGGGUUGGGGUCCAAUUUCUCAUUGAAUUAAGAAAAUUGGAAUUUCAGUUUAGUUCGUUGAAUGACAAAUGACUCAUCAACUUUACUGAUACUCUGCUUAGUACCGCCCACAAGCUAUGUGACAUGGCAUCCACUAGAGGGCAGACCUACCAAGGGUUGAAGGGUCUCUUCUACAAUCAUGUCCAUGUCCUAUUUCCCUUAUUUCCCUUGGAAUGGGAUCUUCACAUUCAGGGACUUGUUUUGUGGUUUUCUUUCAUAGAACCAAUACCAACUUUAGUGAUAUUCUAUGUUUCAGGGUUCAUUAGUGUCUCCCAAGUUACCCAAUGCCAAUGUUGAUGAUGAAGUGGAGAUUUUCUGAAGGUUUCUUGACUUGUGAUUGUCCAGAGCUGUACUUUUAAUUCACGGUCAGGUAUUUAUUUACCACCAGAAUGUGAAGGGUCGACUGACUGGCUCAGUUGCCUCUAGCUAGGUAGGUAGCCUGGGUGCUAGUCUGUUUCUGAUAUUUUGCCAACUCCUUGGACUUUGCAUGAGAGCAGAAAUAAACUGGCACCUGUGCUACCUAGGUGGAGCAUAACCACUACUUUACUAGUUUGAUAUACUGUUAUGCUGUAACACUUGCGAAUGGUAAAAUAGAUUGAUGAUUUUACACUUGCCACAGACACCUAUUUUCAAAUUUAUAAUUGAAAUGAAGACAAACGAUAGUUUAGAUUUUAUUAAUGGUUUAUAGUGCUGUGAAAUAAAUUGUUUAUUAAAAUGGAACCACGCUUUCUAUGUUCAGUUUAAACAUCUCUCACAAACUUGAAUUCUUUGCUAUUUGGCAUGUUGAUAAUCAGAUUGUCAUGGAUCAUCGGUUUUAAGUAUUUUACAAAAGUUACAAGUAAAGAAACAUGCAGUACAGUGUUGUAACUACAAACAAUAUUUAUUCAGUCCAUCCAGUUCUUGUCAGUGUAGAAAUCAAAGGCAGGAAGAAGUAAUACGUGUAAUAAAAAAAAGGCUUCUUGUGAUUCCAGUAGCUUCGGAUGGUGCCACCAGGGAUUUGAAUCAAUCUGAUAUUUUAAUGAUCUGUUUACCAAUGUUUCCUCCUUUCAUCAUGGAGCAAAAGGCCACUGCAAAAUAAAGUAAAAUUUCAAUUCUCA